CUCUUAAACCCUCUCCUCUUAUCCUGAGCUUCUGCUCUUUUACCCUCUCAUCCGCGAAAGCUCCUUCGCAACUUCAUUGGGUCUCCCCAUCCGUCAUCGUUUUCUCCGCUCGAUUCUUCGUCUUCUAGGUUUUCCCUUUGUGCCCAUUUCGUUUUAACCCGUAAAUGGCCUCCUCCGCCGCUCAGAUUCACGUUCUCGGCGGAAUUGGGUGUGCUAGUUCUUCGAAGAGGAAUAUCGAUGGUAAGGGCAAUUUCUCUCCGAGGAGCGCGUUCUUCGGGAGAAGGACCGCGUCUUUUUGUACUCCAAGCACUGCUUUCCUGAGAAUCGGGAGGAGAAAUGGCGGCGGCUCGUCUAGGUACGCGGUGGGUCCGGUCCGGGUUGUGAGCGAGAAGGUUGUUGGAAUCGAUUUGGGGACGACGAACUCCGCCGUCGCUGCCAUGGAAGGAGGCAAACCCACAAUUGUUACGAACGCGGAGGGUCAGAGGACGACGCCGUCGGUGGUUGCGUACACUAAGAACGGUGACCGGCUUGUCGGGCAGAUUGCGAAGAGGCAAGCUGUGGUUAACCCCGAGAACACUUUCUUCUCGGUGAAGAGGUUUAUUGGUCGGAAGAUGUCAGAGGUUGGGGAGGAAUCUAAGCAGGUUUCGUAUAGAGUUGUGAGGGAUGAAAACGGGAAUGUCAAACUUGAGUGCCCUGCUAUCGGCAAACAGUUUGCUGCUGAAGAAAUUUCAGCUCAGGUUUUGAGGAAGCUUGUUGAUGAUGCCUCAAGAUUCUUGAACGACAAAGUCACCAAGGCUGUCAUCACUGUGCCCGCUUACUUCAAUGACUCACAGAGGACAGCUACAAAAGAUGCCGGUCGCAUUGCUGGGUUGGAAGUUCUUAGGAUUAUCAACGAGCCAACAGCCGCCUCUCUGGCUUAUGGGUUUGAGAGAAAAAGCAAUGAAACUAUUCUAGUCUUUGAUCUCGGCGGUGGUACUUUUGAUGUUUCAGUGCUUGAGGUGGGUGAUGGUGUGUUUGAAGUUCUUUCUACUUCUGGGGAUACACAUUUGGGUGGUGAUGACUUUGACAAGAGAAUCGUUGAUUGGCUUGCCGAAAAUUUCAAGAGAGAUGAAGGGAUAGAUCUUCUGAAAGACAAGCAAGCACUUCAGAGGCUAACCGAGGCAGCCGAGAAAGCUAAAAUCGAGCUUUCUUCGUUGACUCAGGCAAACAUAAGCUUGCCUUUUAUCACUGCUACAGCUGAUGGACCUAAACACAUAGAAACCACCAUCACAAGGGCCAAGUUUGAGGAGUUGUGCUCCGAUUUACUGGACAGGUGCAAGACCCCCGUUGAGAAUUCCCUGAGGGAUGCAAAACUCAGUUUCAAAGACAUCGAUGAAGUGAUCCUUGUUGGCGGGUCCACACGUAUUCCCGCUGUUCAGGAGCUUGUGAGGAAGAUGACCGGAAAAGAGCCGAAUGUCUCCGUCAAUCCUGAUGAGGUUGUUGCGCUCGGUGCUGCUGUUCAGGCCGGUGUUCUUGCUGGAGACGUGAGUGAUAUUGUGCUUCUUGACGUGACCCCACUCUCCCUUGGUCUGGAAACCCUUGGCGGUGUUAUGACAAAGGUUAUUCCCAGGAACACGACACUGCCCACUUCGAAAUCAGAAGUCUUCUCAACGGCUGCUGAUGGACAGACAAGCGUCGAGAUUAACGUCCUUCAGGGAGAGAGAGAGUUUGUCCGUGACAACAAAUCUGUCGGCAGCUUCCGUCUCGACGGCAUUCCGCCCGCCCCACGUGGGGUUCCGCAAAUCGAAGUCAAAUUCGACAUUGAUGCCAACGGGAUUCUUUCUGUCACUGCUGUUGACAAGGGCACAGGAAAGAAGCAGGACAUCACCAUCACUGGUGCAAGCACAUUGCCUAAGGAUGAGGUAGACAAAAUGGUGCAGGAGGCGGAGAGGUUUGCAAAGGAAGACAAGGAGAAGAGAGACGCCAUAGACACGAAGAACCAAGCUGAGUCGGUGGUUUACCAGACCGAGAAGCAACUGAAAGACCUCGGGGAGAAAGUCCCUGGUCCAGUCAAAGAGAAAGUGGAGGCUAAGCUCCAAGAGCUCAAGGACAAGAUAGCCAGCGGAUCAACUCAAGAUAUCAAAGACGCAAUGGCCGCUCUUAACCAAGAAGUCAUGCAGAUCGGUCAGUCACUCUACAACCAACCUGGACCAUCAGGUACUGGUCCUGAAGCCGGCGGCAGUCCAUCUGAGUCAUCAUCCUCAGGCAAAGGCACGGAAGGUGACGUCAUCGAUGCCGAUUUCACAGACACCAAAUGAUAAAAGAAAAAAAGAUUGAUGGGUUGGUCUUUCGAAUUCAUAGAACCAUUCCAAAAGGGUUUGUUUAUUUAUGUAUGAACAUGAUUUUUUAGGCUGGAUAAUGAUCUGUAAGGGGAGUAAGAGAUGUUUAGAGUCAAAUUUUGUCACUAAAGCUUUAUGAUUCA